CCCCCCCCCCCCCCCCCACCCACACACACCCACACGGUGAGCCACGAUGAACACCAGGCUGUCCUUACUCAUGGUUUUUCUAAAGUCAUUGUUGCCCGCGCCCGGAGCCUCCCUCAGCCCAGGCCUGGACCCACGCUGCCCCGCCCAUACCACCAUCUCGGGGGAUGAUGAAUGGGCGAACAUUGGCACCCUGAAAAAAGUGACGGUCGGCUGGGGCAUGGUCUUGUUCGUGCACCCCGAUCCUGGCUUCAAGGGGGUUAGGCUCGUGGCGGCGGGCGAUGGCUGGCAGCAGGACGCCUGGUUCACGCUGGACAACACUUGCUUCCCUCUGGACGCACGGUGGUGGAGGUUGUGGGGAGGUGUAGGGAGAAGGAGGAACGAUGACAACAACAAUGAUGGCAUUCUUGACUUUGGUGUACGGACUGGUGAUUGUUAUCUUGGGUGCCGCAGAACAGGCCACUUCCUUAAUGCCGUGAAUGUUACUGUUGUGGCUCACGGGCCCUCAAGGUGGAGAUUAUCGUACCCGCGGCAAUGCACUGUAGAAGGAUACAAACAAUACAGAUACUCAUGGAUAAACUGCACCUCCCCUACAACCACCACCACCACCCCUACAACCACCACCACCACCACCACCACCACCCCUACAACCACCACCACCACCACCACCACCACCACCCCUACAACCACCACCACCACCGCCACCACCAUCGCCAUCAUAGUCGUGCCGGUGACGAUUGGUGUUGCUGUUGUUGUUGUUCUGCUAGUGGUGCUGACGAAGUGUUACUGGCAGCGAAGGGUAAAUCCAGUGCCCCGCGUGCCGACGCGGCGUGGACUGGCCGCCUCCUGGCGCGUCGGUGGCGAGGAAGCGGUCAGCGACAGCCACGUGGAGCCGCCCACGGGCCCCACCGUGCUCCCGCGCGUGGCGCCGCGGCAGCAGGAGCACAUCUUCGACGACGACGAGGAGCACAUCUACGACGAGUUCCCCGACCCUCUAAUCUGCCAGCAGAUCCCCGAGCCUCCAAUCUACGAGGAGAUCCCCGGGCCUCCAAUCUACGAGAAUGUCUCCGAGCCUCCAAUCUACGAGAAUAUCUCCGAGCAUCCACCCAGCGACAAGGCCGAAAACUUAGACUCCGAUGAUGAUGCUUACCUCACACCGAGGCGAGGCCCCCCGGGCACACCCUCAGGGCACCGACCCAGCCACGAGGCCGAAAACUUAGACUCCGAUGAUGAUGCUUACCUCACACCGAGGCGAGCACCCAUGGGCACACCCUCAGGAAUUACAGAGGGCUGAGGUCGUGCGUGAGACCCUGCUCCCGACGCACGAGGCCACGGCCGCUGCUGCACCCAGGCCAGCACGCCACGCAGGGGUAAGCACUGCAGGAUGAGGGCAACCAGGCGGCAGCACAGUGCCCUCCAGCCAAGCAGGGGGCAGCACCGUGCCCUCCAGACAACCAGGGGGCAGCACCGUGCCCUCCAGACAAGCAGGGGGCAGCACCGUGCCCUCCAGACAACCAGGGGGCAGCACCGUGCCCUCCAGACAAG